AUGUUUGAAGUUAACAUUUGUUGUGUAUUUGUUUCAGUUGCCACGGUGAACCAGUACGCUCUGAAGGGGCUGGAUAAGAUAGAGGAGAAACUGCCUAUUCUCCACCAGCCAGCAGACAAGGUGGUGUCGGACACGGUGGGCAUGGUGUACCAGUCCGUGGCCGGGGCCAAAGACGCGGUGGUGGGCGCGGUGAUGGGCGGCGUGGAGCUGACCCGUUCAGCGGUCAGCACCGUGAUGGGAACCCGCAUGGGCCAGAUGGUCAGCAGCGGGAUGGGCCGGGCCCUGAGCCGGUCCGAGGACUGGGUCGACCAGAACCUGCCGCUCACCGAGAGAGAGCUGGCUGCUAUAGCCGAGCCCCCCUCCCCCGGGUCGGUUUCCUGCGCCCCCCCGACCUACUUCGUGCGUUUGGGGAAGCUGUCGGCUAAAGUGCAGGAGCGGGCCCUGGAGCAGUCCCUGCUGCGGGCGCGCCACGCCCGCCAGGCCUCCUACGCCACGCUUCUGCUGAGAUGGACGGAGUGGCAGCAAAAACAGGGAGCAGCCGCACAAACGGAGCCCGACGGGCCCAAAGACCAGUCCCAGCAGCUGGAGUGGAAGACCCUCUCCAUGGUCCGAGGCCUGAGCUCCCAGUUGGGGGCGGCCUGCUCCAGUGUGGUGUCCAGUGCUCAGGGCCUCCCGGGGGCUGUCCAGGAGCAGCUCUCCAGCGCCCGGCGGGCGGCCGAAGACCUGCAGGCGUCCCUGGGGAACACCAGCAGCAUCACCCCCGUCCUGCUGGAGAAAAGCCGCCAGCAGCUCAAACAGGUCCAACAGUCUCUGGAUGGAGUGAUGGAAUAUCUCUUGCACAACACACCCCUCAACUGGCUGGUCGGACCUUUUGUUGCCCAGAAGACCGAGAGCCCAGAAGAAGUGGAAAUGGAGCAAACUGGUCCAAACAACUAG